GGAGGGUCCAAAGUCCUACACUCCUCUCCACGCGCACCGACUGCCGCCAGUCGCGUGCGGCAUCGACAGGCACUGGCAAUACAGGCUGCGAGAGCAACUGCUAACGCCGGACGGAACACGACUUCGUUCAUUUAGAUCGCAAGCACACGAGCGGCUGUAAUGUCUGCUGUCGCAGAAGAUGAACCGAGUGAUGGCCAGGCGACAAGUUCGAAAUCAUCAGAGGAUACAACAGUCGGCUCGUCGUCAUCCACCCCUCUACGCGGCCGCACCACAUCGCGCUAUCCCCCUUCACUUUCACGAGGUGACCCCGGACGCGUCCCGCUGCACCGCCGCGGGACGUCGAAGACCUACGAAUGUCUCGAGGACUUGCUCCGGGAGGCGGGUUACAAAGAGACACGAAUUUACACUCCAGAGACGGAGCGCGAGGAGCGCAGAAGAGGGAACGUCCGUGGAGGUGUGGAUACGGUUGUCGGAUACCUCGCAAGCUGGAUGCCAAGUGCAGGUAGGAGUGAUCGUUCUGCGGACAGUUCCUGCGGCGAGCGCACGACCCCCUCUAGCCAACGCCCGGAUAUGCGCCACUGGUCCGUUCCUUCCUCUCCUCUCGCACACAUGCACGACCUGCACGGCACCUCGAGUCCAUAUAUUCCAAUAUCGCCGCCACUGUCGGCGUCGGGCACGUCUACCCCAUCCAUGCGCAGUCACACAUCCAUCAGCUCUGACGGCCACACCAUCAGCUGUAGGCGUCCCCCUCGGCAACCACACCCGCAUACACCGACCCUGCGUCCACAAACCUCGGGCAAUCUGCGGACAUAUGCCCAGGUCUCGGCAGCACAGGGUUACCUGCGUCAUAUGGCUUCCGUCCCCACCAUUUCCCGACGCCCUCUCUCGACAUGCGAAAGCUCUGUCGAGGGACGGCCUUCUCUCCCACCGACAUGGAGAGACUCCGUCGCGAAGGCUGUCGCAUCCUCUGGUACCCCCCAUGCGUACGUCGGCGGGCCGCAAACACCACGGAUCCUGAGCCGGUCAACUCCACAGGCGACGCGCGCGAAAAAUCUGAGCAAGCAUGCGUUGGCCGACAAGACGAAUCGAGGACGACCGUCCACAGUGCGAAGUCUAUCCGGUGCACCUCUAGGCUUGACAUCCUAUCUCUCGCCCACAGGGGCCGCCCCGAGUGCAGUGAGUACCGCACGAGUCUUGUGCCGCUCCGCACCCGCAUCGCGUUCGUCAUCUCGCAGCGAUGACCGGGCAAGCUACAGCUCCUCUCUGCGUGGCCAGCAGCGAGGGAGACCGUGGCGGAACGUGCGCCGAGCUAGCAAGUGCGACGGCGUGCCCACACUCGCGAGCACCUGCAUCGAGAACGACACGUGGAGCCUAAGCACGCACUGGGUCGACGGACGACGUGUGCCAAUCGCCGCUGUCGACCGUACAAUCGCCGCCACCACGCCAUCAGACGAGUAUGAUGACGAAGAUGAUGAAGACGACGCGGAACUCGACUUUGCACGCCUGCUCGUGCCGCCCAAGCGCCAAUAUUCGAUCCAGAGCCUCCGCCGGCACCUGCAUCACAGCCGAAGUAACCUCCGUGAACAGAACAAGCCAUGGGAAGAUGGCAACGAGUAUGGCACGCGGGGCUUGAGUCGGCGGACGUCCGUCGACGAGGACGACGGCGAGGGCCUAGGGUGGGAGGCGAUGGGCGUCCCUGGAUUCAAUAAUAAUAUGAAAAGGAGAGAUGGACUCCCGCGCGCAUGGGGAGGCCUCUCUUCCCGCUCCUAGUUGGUCAUUUGCACCUUCUGCUGCCCUUUGCAGUCUCUCAGCCGUGCCUGGCACGUCACUCAGCAUCGUCGCCGCAGACAAGCGCACUCGCUAUAACAGCAUACGGCUUUAAGCAUCAAGCUCUUUCACUGCUUCAUCACCCAUAUUCGUAGCAUUCCUUUGUGCCGCAAUGACUUACGACGAUACACAUUCCUUGGUGCCUUCCUGUGGUUAGAAUUCAUGGGCUGUUCACUCUCUUUCUCUCCCAAAG